AUGUUCCGGCGUCUAUUUUCCACCUCGCGUCUGGCGUUGAACGUCAAGACGUCCGAGCUGGACCCCAAAAAGCUCAAACACAUGCAGUAUUUGUUGCAAUACUACGAGCCAAAAGUGGUGGAGUCGAUCAUGCUCGCGGAGUCGUCGAUCAAGAAAGAACACUUUGACAACCGCAAGAUCGCUGCUGUUCCGUUUGGUCCGCACUACCUGGACGACCUCACUCGCAAAGACCCAUACUUCGACCAUCUUCCUGAGGAGAAGUACAGAGACUUUUUGAAAGUCAGACAAUUGAAUAAACCAGACUACCCUCCAGGACACAAGGGAGACAUUGCGCAGUUUCUUGGAGACGAGGAAGGUAACGAGAUGUCCAUGAUCAUGCAGGAUCUGGUGAUGUCCACCGGAUUCAGCGAGGAAUACAUCUCGAAGCUGCGGAGCAAGACGUUGAUUAUUAAAAGCGUGAGAAACCAAACGUCCAAGGGUAAAAUCAGCUCUUUCUACGCUCUGGUGUGUGUCGGCGACGGCAACGGAAUGCUCGGUGUGGGAGAAGCCAAGGAUAGAGACGAUAAUGUGAUGGCUGUGUUCAAGGCCCAUUGGCAGGCAGUGAAGAAUAUGGCCAAGGUUCCGCUGCUCGAAGACAGAACCAUUUACGGAAACAUCGAGCACAAGUACGUUUCCACCGUGGUUCAUCUUCGGUCUGCGCCGCCUGGUUUCGGUCUCAAGUGCAACCCGAUGAUUUUUGAGCUGGCCAGAUGCGCAGGUAUCAAGGAUCUGGGUGCCAAGGUGUACCGUUCCAGAAACAAGAUGAACGUUAUUAAAUGUGUGACCGAGGCGUUGGUCAACCAACGGUCCAUCUCGGAGAUCGCUGCUGAGCGCGGGAAGAAGGUUGUUGACCUUAGAGGCAUCUCCUCGAAAAUACGGGCUUCUUCCGCCUCCCACUUGGAUCGUUCUGCAGUCUUGAAGAUCUCUCCAAUCAUUAUAAGAGCCUCUGCACGCUCCACGGCUUUGGAAACGUCGAUCGACUUGUCGUACAGAACGGAAUCCACAACAUCGCGAAUGGUGGACGAAAUCUCCAUCUGGGAACCUUUCCAUGCGGCAGCAAUGAUCUUGCCUAUGAGCAAUUUUUCCAUCUCUGCCACCGCUUCCUCGGAAGGUAUUUCCUCAUUGGGGGUCUCCUUCUUGUCAUCCUUCUUAUCAGCGGGCGCUUCCUCCUGCUCCGUGGUAUCCUGUUCCGCCUUCUGCAUCUGUUCGCGCUUCUCGGUCAUCUUGGCCAGUUCCUGCAUCGUGCUCUGGGCCUCCAAAGCACUGCUGAUGGUUCUAAAAGUGUCCUUAAUGAUUCCACCCUUUUCUUUCAAAGAGCCCAUCCAUCCACCCAAUCCCAAAAACGACUUGUGCGAUUUCAGAAAGAUGUUGGCCUUGACAAUGUAA